AUGAUAUUUUUUUAUGACAUUUUAUUAAAUAAAACACAAAACCAGAAUGAACAUAUUCUUUUCAAUCGAAUUAAUCAAUGGGAAAAAGAAUCUAUUUAUAAAAUUGAACAAACAGCUAAAGAAGCAAGAAUUGAAUUACAUCAAAUACUUGAUAAUAUUAUAGAUCAUGGAAAAAAGUCAUUGAAUAAAAUUUCUUCAGAAUUACGUCAAGCUCGAGAGUUCGAUAAUUUUUUCGAAAAUGAUCUUACUCAAUGGAUACAAAAAUUAAAUAAUCUUCGUACAGAAAUUAAAUAUUCUACUAGAAUUAUCAACGUGAAUAAUAUUGAUCAUUAUAUUGAUAUUGAAAAUGAUGGUUCGAUUGAAAAAGAUCAAACUAUGACAGAAUGGAUUAUACGACGUGAGGUCGAUAAACAAUCGAAAAGUGUUGUAACAAUUUAUCAUCCUACUGGACCGAGCUUUGUGUCAAUAAUAUCAACGAAACAAAAACUUUAUUAUAAUAAUUUAGGCGUCAGACUUGAUUGUUCAGCUAUUGGUACUCCAUCACCAGUGUUAACUUGGUUUCGGACGAACGGUAGUGAUGAUCGACCGUCAACAUUUGUCCAAUCUUCUGAAUUCAUUGAUGUCUUUGAAAACGGUACUUUAUUUAUUCGACCAUUUCGAGAUUAUUCAAAAUCUAUACAUGCUGGUAAAUAUAUUUGUCGAGCAGAAAAUCCAUCUGGUAGUAUACAAACAACACCGAUUCAGCUUAAACCACAAAUUUAUGAUACAUAUGAAAUUGAAGUUAAAAAUACAUAUGGAUAUAAACAAUCAUCAGCUAUUCUAUCAUGUGAAAUAUCACCACCAUCAGCUAGUUCUUAUGUACAUAUAAUAGGUUGGUUAGAAAAAGUAAAUAAUCAAAUCAUUCAACUUGAUUUACAACCGAAAACAAAAUAUAAUUUAUUAUCAAAUAAAAAUUUAAUUAUACAUAAUAUAACAGAUUCAGAUGAUAAUCGAACUUAUGCUUGUAUUGCUAAUAAUGAAAUGGAUAAUGAUACAAGAUAUAGUCGAUUUAAAUCAUUACGUGUUCGAGAUCGUUCGCCAUUUGGACCGGAAUUAUCAAUACCAAAUAAUACAGAAUAUCGAGCACAAGCUGGUGAUCUUAUUGAAUUACCUUGUGGUAUAUCAUCCAUAUCAACACAUGCAAGAAUAUCUUGGUGGAAAAAUGGCAUAGAAAUUGAGAAUAUUUCGGAAAAACUUUAUAAUAAUUCUUUAAUUCUUCAACUUUCACAUAUAUCUUCAAAUGAUUCCGGCAAUUAUGCAUGCCGAAUUGAUGAUGAAUUAAGUGGACGUCUGAUAUCUUCGAUGUCGUUGAAAGUUAAUGUUCCAAUUCAAUGUAGAAUGUCUGUUCAAGAAGCAAAUUUUAAUGCUGGAUCAAAAGCUAAAUUAAUUUGUACAAGUAAUUUAAUAAAGUCAAUUCCUACUCAAUGGCAAUGGUAUCAUAAUUCAAAUCGAAUAUCAACAAACAAUGAUCGAUAUUCCAUAAAUAAUCUAACACGAGAACAUAUGGGAAUGUAUCAAUGUUGUUACAUCAUAAGUUCUUCAGAUUCAAAUGCUUGUUGUGCACAAACUCAACUUCGUGUCAUCAAUUCACCGCCUUUUAUCCUUCCCGAUCAACAGACAAAUUCAAAUGUUAUUAUAAUUUCAUCAAAAGAUAUUUCACAUGUUUCAAUUGAUCUUAAUUUAACUAUUUAUGCUGAUCCAAUACCAAUUAUAGAUUUAUACAAAGACGAUCAACAAUUAAUAUCAAAUAAUCAAAUUGAUUAUUUACCAUCAGGAGAUAUUUUUACUCAUUAUCGUAUUCACGUAUCAAAUCUAAAUGAUACAGGUCUAUACGAAUAUCGAGUAAAGAAUUCUUUUGGAUCAAUUACAUUUUCUAAACAUAUUAAUAUCGAAGGACAAAAACCAUUUAUUAAACCAAUAUCAAAUUUAACUAUUGUAACUGGCAAAAAAUUUACACUUGCUUGUUAUGCAUCUGGUCAACCAAAUCUUGAAUUAAAAUGGAUUGAUGAUAGAACAAAACAAGUAAUUAAUACAUCAUUAACAUCACCUAUUCUAUUAACAUCAAUAAAUACACAAUCAAAUAUGUAUAUAUGUCAAGCAAAAAAUCUCUAUGGUGAUAAUUUCAUAAAAGCUUAUGUUAAAAUACAAAUUCCAUCGAAAAUCUUAUCUUUAACAUCAAAUAAAAUUAUAAAAAUAAAUGAAACAUUAAAUAUUUAUUGUUUAGCUGAAGGUGAUAACCAAUUUGAAUUAAAAAUAAAAAAUCCUUUAUCAAAAAAAUUAAAUAUAAUUGAAACAAAUUAUAAUUAUAGAAGAAAUUUAUCAUUAACUAUUGAAAAUAUUCAAAUGUCAGAUAGUGGUUUAUAUGAAUGUUAUGCAAAAAAUAAUUAUUCUGAAGAUCGUUCAACAUUUGAAAUUAUUGUACAAAAUGUACCGAAUAAAAUCGAAAAUAUUUUUAUUGAUAAUUCAAAUCAAAUUAUUUGGAAUAAACCAUUUGAUGGCAAUGGACAAAUUUUAAAAUAUAUUCUUCAUAUUCGAUAUAAACAAGGUACAUCUUGGUCAAAUGAAACGAUAAUUACAAUUAAUGAUAGUAAUAUAACAAGUUAUUCAUUUGAAAAUCUUUAUUCUAAAUGUACGAUAUCCAUAUCAAUUGAAGCAAUUAACAUAAUUGGUUCAUCAUUACCUAGUAAUCUUCAGUUUCAAACAAAUAUCAAACAGCUACUUAUUGCUCCCUAUAAUCUUACUGCAAUUAAUAUCUCAUCAAAAAGUGUAAUGCUAACAUGGCAGUAUCCAUCAUUUCAAUUAUGCAAUGAUUCAUUUAUUGAAUAUGUUAUCGAAAUAAUCGAUGAAUAUAAUCAAAGUAUUAGUCAAACUUUUAAACAUGAUUCAACAGCAUUUACUAUUAAUAAUUUAAAAAGUUUUGCUCAAUAUACAUUUCUUGUUUAUGCAAUGAAUGAAUUAGGAGCAAGUCCUAAAUCAAAACCAUUAACUAUACAAACAUUGGAAAGUGUUCCCCUUGCUACCAUAACAGAUUUAACAGUAACAUUAUUAAAUAUGUCAUCUGUUCGUAUCACGUGGACAUUUGACAAUCAUGAUUUUCAAUUUCUUAAUGGAAAAUUUCGAACAUUUGCAGUUACUAUUUAUGAAAAUUAUAAUAUGUCAACAUUAAUAACAAUUGAAACAAUAAAUUCAACUCUUAUUCUUAGUAAUCUUCAUUUAUCAACAGAAUAUUUUGUAUCAGUUGCCAUUUGUAAUUCUUUUGAUUGUGGUCCAUCGUCAUUAGCUAUCAAUAUUGAAACAUCAUUAUCAAGUAAGCUCUUAAUGAAUCUCUUAAAAAAUAAUUUUUUCAAGAAAGAAAUAUUCAAUCUUGAAACUAAAAAUUCCUAA